AUGCCGGGAGCCUGCUUGGCCUUCAUCAAGGGCUGCAAGUCCACUGGGAUCUGGACCGGCAUCCGCAGGGUCUUCUUCACGUGGAUGGGCAGACCAACGGUGGCGUUAUCGGAGGGCUGCACCAAGGGGGAUGGCUUCACGGCGCGGCGUUUCGCAGAAUCCUCUUGGAUCACGGAUUCCAACCUCUUCACCCGGAAGAGAGAUGAAUUGGACUUGCUUCGCACUUUGCCAAAUAACCGUCACUAUGAGACUUACCACUCGGAUGGCAUAGCUAGACUGAGGCGAGGUCUCAAUCGUCUUGCUGCCAUAGCUUUAUUGUUCCUGAAUGAAGAAGAUGCCUUUUGGUGCCUCAUCUACAUAGUUGAUUUUCUCAUGCCACCCGAUUAUUACAACAGGAAUCUUUUGGGUUCCUUGGUCGAUCAGCGAGUCUUAAAGGACCUUGUUGCAGAGAAGUUGCCUCGUCUAAAUGCCCACAUGGAGCAGCAUGGCUUAGACAUCUCUCUCUUCACCUUCAACUGGUUCUUGUGUGUUUAUAUUGACACCAUUCCUCCCAUAACCUACCUCACCAUAUGGGACUCCUUCCUCUACGAAGGUUCAAAGGUUCUGUUCCGUUAUGCAUUAGCCAUAUUCAAGCUAUGCGAAGAUGGAUGAGUCAUGGAAAGAUGUGACUACAUGGAGAUAUUUUCCUACCUGCGUUCUGUCCCAGAGCCCAUCACAGACAUCCCCAGACUACAGGAGGUGAGUACAGUACUUUUGAAGAGAUCUUUGGUAAUACUGCAAGAUACUGUACCUUCUCCCUCUAUUCAUGUUUUCUUCUUCCUAUGGGGAUAUUGGGAUAUUUGGAAGGGUUCUGGCCCUCAUGAGUUUUUCUUUUGUAUUUUGUGGGUCAUUACAGAAGCUGCAACUAAAUGCCUUUGUAAUGCUGCAUAUCUUCUGUUGGGAUUUUGGCUGAAUGAAAUUCAUAAUUGUGGCAAAUGUGGGAUAUUUUUCUAUUGCUAUUUUAGGUUGGGUAGUUGUAUUGGUUGACUUUUCUUAAACUUCUUCCAUCUCCUUUAUCUGCAACAGUGAAGAGGACUUGUGUUUGUAGAUCUAAUGAUGUUUUAAACCAAAUAAAAGGAUUACAUUGAAUUUAUUGGUGUUUCAGCAUUAUUGCUUCCUACUAAAGUAUGAUUUGAUAUACAAUGUACUAGAAGCUUUUUUGCUUGCGAUAAUUUUCAUAAUCUAUGAAAUGCAUUUUGGAUUUGCAAAUUUUCAUAAUCUACGAAAUGCAUUUUGGAUUUGCAGAAAUUGUAAGUUACUAGAGUAAAUGCAUUUUUGAUAAAGUUGUAUUUCCUUAAGACAGGAAAGAACUUCCAUGCAUUUUAAUAUUUGUAUUUAAGUUUUUAAAUUGUAUUUUGUUUAUGUCUUAUGACUUAUUUAAAGCCAAA